AUGAUUAAAAGAAAUCAAGGCCGUGUUGUUCAAUGUGAUUUGAGAAUUGGAAGUAAGGAUUACUUUGGAAUAUUGCUUCCUUACCCAACUAAAACAAUUGAACUCGAAGCCAUUGAUUCUACAUUGCAAAAUUAUAUAUCAAAAUCAAAAGUAAUUAAACCAUUCAUCGAAGAUCGUAUAAUAGAUGUAGCUCAAAAGCUUCAAUUAGUUGAAAAUCAAUUAUCAAUUCACGAACCAAUUCAUUUCGGAUACACAAAAUACUCUCCACAAGAAGCAAAUCAACAAUAG